AUGGCCUCCCACUCUGGGGAGCCAGGGCUCCUGCCCUGUGGAUCCUGUGACAUGGUUUUCCGCUCCUGGGCCCUGUUGGCCACUCACACUCAGCGUUUCUGCAUUGGCCGUUUGACACGGGAGGUGACGCUUGGAGCACAGCCCUCAAAAGCCUCGGAACCACAAGGUCCCAUGGUUGUGUCACAAGAACACCAGGGCUUUCCAGAGCAGGGAGCCAGCAAAUCAGCUUUAAGGAAGCUAACAGAAGAGGUGCAGGGCCUGCGGCUGUACUUGGAGGAAAUGCAACCCUGGAUAACAGCAAUUCCCAGGCAGUCCGUGGAGAACGCCCCCAGCCAGGGCCCCAACUCCGCGGCUGCCGGGAGCCCCAGCGAGCGGCUGCGGGCCCUGCAACGGACUCACACAAUGCGCGUGGCAGAGACAGAGGCACAGAGCCUGGCCCUGGAGCUACGCGGUGAAGAACUGAACCGGCGCCUCCAAGGUUUGGCCCGCAACCGGGGCGGUAGAUCACGCCUAUCAGACCUGGAGCGGGAGCUUGUAGACCUGCGGGCGGAGGCCGGGAGGACCAGGGGAGCUCUGGAGGUGCUGGGAACGCGCCUUCAGCAGCUACAGCCUGAGCCCGGGACUGGGCUGAACUCCUUGCAAGGGGCAGAACUCUGCUGGCCGGUGCUCCAGUCCAACCCAGGGACUCUGGCUGCUGAGAUUGGGGCCCUGCGUGAGGCCUAUAUUCGAGGUGGGGGUCGGGACCCCGGCGUUCUGGGCCAGAUAUGGCAGCUGCAAGUGGAGACAUGUGCUCUGGAGCUUCGACGGUCACGUGCCCACAGGGGAAGGCGGGCAGGUUCCACAUCUGGGAAACUUCUAGCAGUGGAGACCGAAAACCGGCGUCUGGAGGCAGAAAUUCUGGCUUUGCAGAUGCAGAGGGGUGCAGGCCGGGCACCCUGGGGGUCCAGAGAGCCACAAUUUGUGGCCAGUCCCAGCCUACGCCUGAGAAGGGAAGAUCCCCCAUGCCUCCCACCACCGGUGGCUCCCCCGCUGCCUCCCCCGCUGCCACCGCUUCCACACUCCACAGGCGUCCUAUGCUUGGGUGGCACAGAGAAGACUCCACAGCUUCCUGGAGCCAUGACCAGGAACCUGGGCCUGGAUCCACACUUUGUCCUGCCCACAACUGAUGUUCUGGGCCCUGCUCCCUACGACCCUGGGGCUGGCCUGGUCAUUUUCUAUGACUUCCUGCGGGGCCUUGAGGCUUCUUGGAUUUGGGUGCAACUAAUGACUGUCUUGGCCCGAGAUGGACAGGAUACAGGAGGGACCACAGCUUUGCCCCCAGCCCUUUGUUUGCCCCCUCCUCCAGCUCCUGGGCCCAUGGGCAACUGUGCCAUCCUUGCCAGCAGGCAGCCUGUACCCAGACUACUACCCUCACCAUCACUAUCCCUGCUCUGUGAGUUACAAGCCUGGCAGGGGCUGGCAGGGGCUAGGGCACCACAACCAAAGGCCUGGGCCUCACUGGUGCUCUUUGACCGGGACCAGAGGGUACUAAGUGGUCGUUGGCGUCUCCCACUUCGGGUCCUUCCUCGGGAUCCCAGCCUUAGCCUUGGGCAGCUGAAUGGAAUUCCCCAGGUAGGUCAGGCUGAGCUCUUUCUGCGGCUGGUGAAUGCAAGAGAUGCAGAUGUCCAAACACUGGCAGAGAUCAAUCCAGCCAGUGCCCACGAGUACCAGUAUCCACCGCUGGUGCCCAGCUCAGCUUCACUCGAAGCCAACUCCCUUGCACCAACAGCUGGCUUUGUUGACCCCCCUCCUCCUGCAGAAGAGCCCCUUGACAGCAGAGUCAAGGGUAGAGAUGAAGGUUUGGGCCCCACAGCUUAG